CGAGAGUGUCCACUUAUCUUUUCUUCGGUUGAGUUUCCAAAACUCUAAUGAUGCCGCUCCUCUCCAACAAAAGUUUAGUUUAAAAAUAACACCACUCGUCCGGCUCUGGUGCCCGUUUUAAAAAUGGUGCCUCGGUCUUCAGCAGCGAUAGUUCUUUUGCAAUUAAGAUCCGGGCGGAAACAAUGGGUAGGUGCAGCGGGGCAGAGCCGAGGUUGCUUCACAGAACCUCUUGCAGGUCAGGAGGGAGGGUCAGGUCAUAGUUGGGUUUUGUUCCUGCUGGCGCGGAAUACUCUUGCGUGUAGGAAGCGGCUCUACCGACUGCCGAGGCCUCUGGGAUUGUGCCGGGUUGCUAGUUAGCUCAGUUGGCGGCGGAGCGGCGGCCCCUGGCGGGUCACCAUGUGGGCCUUCCCGGAGUUGCCGCUGCCGCUGCUGGUGAAUUUGUUCGGCUCGCUGCUGGGAUUUGUGGCUACUGUGACCCUCAUCCCUGCCUUCCGUAGCCACUUUAUCGCCGCGCGCCUCUGUGGCCAGGACCUCAACAAGCUCAGCCGGCAGCAGAUCCCAGAAUCCCAGGGAGUGAUCUGCGGUGCUGUUUUCCUUAUCAUCCUCUUCUGCUUCAUCCCUUUCCCCUUCCUGAACUGCUUUGUGGAGGAGCAGUGUAAGGCAUUCCCCCACCAUGAAUUUGUGGCCCUGAUAGGUGCCCUCCUUGCCAUCUGCUGCAUGAUCUUCCUGGGCUUCGCUGAUGAUGUACUCAAUCUGCGCUGGCGCCAUAAGCUGCUGCUGCCCACAGCUGCCUCUCUACCUCUCCUCAUGGUUUACUUCACUAACUUUGGCAAUACAACCAUUGUGGUACCCAAGCCCUUCCGCUGGAUUCUUGGCCUGCAUUUGGACUUGGGAAUCCUAUACUAUGUCUACAUGGGACUGCUUGCGGUGUUCUGUACCAAUGCCAUCAACAUCCUAGCAGGAAUUAAUGGCCUAGAGGCUGGUCAGUCACUAGUCAUCUCUGCUUCUAUCAUUGUCUUCAACCUGGUAGAGCUGGAAGGUGAUUAUCGGGAUGAUCAUGUCUUUUCCCUCUACUUCAUGAUACCAUUUUUUUUUACCACCUUGGGAUUGCUAUACCAUAACUGGUACCCAUCACAGGUGUUUGUGGGAGAUACCUUCUGUUAUUUUGCUGGCAUGACCUUUGCCGUGGUGGGAAUCUUGGGACACUUCAGCAAGACCAUGCUACUCUUCUUUAUUCCACAAGUGUUCAAUUUCCUCUACUCGCUGCCUCAGCUCCUUCACGCCAUCCCCUGCCCUCGACACCGCAUACCCAGACUCAAUCCGAAGACGGGCAAACUGGAGAUGAGCUAUUCCAAGUUCAAGACCAAGAACCUCUCUUUCUUGGGCACCUUUAUUUUAAAGGUAGCAGAGCGCCUCCAGCUAGUGACAGUUCACCGAGGCGAGAGUGAGGAUGGUGCCUUCACUGAAUGUAACAACAUGACCCUCAUCAACUUGCUACUCAAAAUCUUUGGGCCCAUACAUGAGAGAAACCUCACACUGCUCCUGCUGCUUUUGCAGAUCCUGAGCAGCGCUGUCACCUUCUCCAUUCGAUACCAGCUUGUCCGACUCUUCUAUGAUGUCUGAGUUCCCUGAAGACUGACUGCCCAUAGCCUCCGUUGGACCUCACCCAGGACCAACCUGUCUGGUCCAAGACUGCCUUCUGGUCCAGGCCUCUCCAACUGUUGGUUUUUUCAGUUUUGUUUUCAGCUUCUCCCAUCACCUGUAAUGAUUAUUGGCCUGGACCUUAUUGGACUUUAAAGUCCAUUAGUUGCACUUUGCCCCUGGCUUUCUUCAGCUUGCUACUCUUCCCCUUUCUGUCCCAUCUGCAGCACCAUAAGGGGGAUGUAGCAGCUCUUAUGCAAAUACAGCUCAACUUUCAGAGCCCUGCAUUUGCUGGACCUUGAGAGAGAACCUGGGCUAUGUGCUAGAGUUAGGGCCCUAUACUCCAAGGUAACCUCACAUUUGACUUUAAAAUUAAGUGUUCUGAUUAGGAAGAUCAGAGGCAGGGCCAUG